CCCUGUUUGUCUUGCUGAGGGACAGGACAUCACAUUGUGAGCAGCGAGCGCAGGAGAGCAGAGUGCAGGUCAAGUGCUGCUUCACCUGCGAGGAGUGUGAGGGGGGAGGAGGUGUCAGCUGCCAGUCUCGGGCUCCUCACUCUGAUGCAGUUGACCGUGGGCGAGAAUGAGGCACGGGGGACUAGAGCCGGUGAGGACGGUCCAGCCGACGGCGGUGAGAAACAGGGCUCCCAUGGGCCGGACGGCGAGGAAGGGGCCUGGAAGGGUUGGCGAAAAUGCUGGCUGCCUGAUGAGGUAAAGGGUCUGGUGGUGGCUCUGUUCGGGGGUGGCCUGCCAGCUGGGUUUGUGGCACCCUUCACCAAGAUCGCUUACGAGGCGUCGCACGUCCCCUCCCUGGAGAUCCUGUUGUUCCGGUGCAUCCUCCACCUGGCCCUGUUCUUCUACAUCAAAGCGAGGGGAGGGUCACUGUUUGGCCCUCGUGAGGCGUGGAGGUCCACUUUCAUCCACGCCGUCAUCAACAUUGUGUCUAUCGCCUGCGCCUACAGCUCCUUCAUGGUCAUCCCAGCUGGGAAUGCGGCCACUGUUCGAAAGGGCACGUCCACUGUCUGCUCUGCCCUCAUGGCCCUGGUCAUUGACAGCUACCAACUGAGCAUCUACGAUUGGAUUGGCCUCUCGGGCAGCCUGGUGGGCCUGGCCCUCAUCGUGGUGCCCGACCUGAUGAGGCUGGACAGGACCUCUCGCCUCUCCGACGUCUUCGGCUACAUCCUGGCGAUGCUGGGGGGCUUGGCGCUGGCCAUGGCCCUCAUGAUCUUCCGAACCCUCACCCACCCGUCCAAGCUGAUGACCGCCACUUUCAGCUUUGGGGUGGUGGGCAGCCUGGUGUGUGGCCCGCUCAUGUUGCUCCUCCAGAAGCCCAUCGUGCCCGUCGACCCGCUCACCUGGUGCUGCGUGACAGGCAUCACUGUGCUGGCCCUAGUCUCCUUCUUCUGCGCCAACUAUGCAGUGACCAAGACCCACCCUGCUCUGGUGUGCGCCUUCCUGCACUCGGAAGUGGUGGUCACUAUGACCAUUCAGCACUUUGUCCUCCACGAACCGGUCACCCGUUUCGGACUGAGCGGGGCCACCGUGAUUAUCUGCAGCAUCAUCGUUAUCACUGCCCAGAGCAUGACCCAGAACCCGAAGGAGUCAAAGUGAGAAAUAAAUAAAUAACAUUAAACAUUACUAUUUUCUAA